AUCGUCUGACGUCAUAUGUCUGCGCCGAUACGUCCGCACGUGUUGUUUUCUUGAGACUGGACUAGUCCCGUGAAAAACCACCGCGACAAAAAUGGGAAAAAAGUUAAAAGUUGGAAAAACCAGAAAGGAUAAAUUUUACCAUUUGGCGAAAGAAACAGGUUAUCGCUCUCGUUCUUCCUUCAAACUCAUUCAGCUGAACCGUAAGUUCACGUUUUUACAGAAAGCCAGAGCUCUGAUCGACCUGUGUGCUGCUCCAGGAGGAUGGUUGCAGGUAGCAUCGAAGUUUAUGCCGGUUUCAAGUCUCAUCAUCGGCGUUGACUUGGUCCCCAUUAAGCCCAUCCCCAACGUGGUGACGCUGCAAGAAGACAUUACGACUGACAAAUGCAGACAGGCUCUUCGAAAGGAGCUUCAAACAUGGAAAGUAGAUGUUGUGCUAAAYGAUGGAGCCCCAAAUGUGGGAACUAACUGGCAGCAUGACGCCUUUUCUCAAGCUCACCUGACCCUCAUGGCCUUGAAGUUGGCCUGUGAGUUUCUGAACAAAGGAGGAACUUUCAUCACCAAAGUUUUCCGCUCCAAAGACUACCAGCCACUGCUCUGGAUCUUCCAGCAGUUCUUCAAGAAGGUACAGGCCACCAAGCCACAGGCAUCAAGAAACGAGUCAGCUGAGAUCUUCGUCAUCUGUCAAGGUUUUGUUGCCCCAGACAAAAUCGACAAUAAGUUCUUUGAACCUAAACACGCGUUCAAAGAGGUGGAGGUGCAGGCCAAAACUGUGAAGGAGCUGAUUCCUGUCAAGAAGCCGAAGGCGGAGGGAUACGCAGACGGUGACCUGACUCUCUACCACCGUUCUACCGUAACCGAAUUCCUAAAAGCUGAAAACCCUGUCGACUUCCUGGGAAAAUCCAACGAGAUCACCUUUGAUAAUCCACACCUGGAGUCCCAUUCAGCCACCACAGAUGAGAUAAAGGAGUGCUGUCGUGACAUUAAAGUACUUGGCCGCAAAGAACUCCGUCAGCUGCUGAACUGGAGGACAACKCUAAGAAAAUUUUGGGCAAAGAAACUGAAGGAGGAAGCCAAACAACUCGACCAGGAGAUCAAUUUAAGCUCAGAUGAAGAAGGGAAUAACUCAGAAGCUGAAGCAGACAACAAAAAGGAGGAGAAGGAUGAAGAGGAGAAAGAUGAUGAUGAUGAUGAAAAAAUUGAUAAAAAACUGGCAGAGCUGAAAGCUGAAGAAGUGGCUGAGCUCAAACGGAAGAAGAGGAAGCUGUUAAAGGAGAAGAGGAAGCAGAGGGAGAGAGUGGAGCUGAAGAUGGAUCUGCCUGGUGUUUCCAUCGCCGGCACCACAGACUCAUCCUUGUUUUCUUUGUCCUCCAUCAAGAAACAAAAGGUGAUGGCCGAUAUCUCUAAGGGGGACAUGCAGGCAGCCGACAACCUGGAAGAUGAAGACGAUGAUAUUCACAUUUCAGAUGAUGAUGAUGMCGAAGACGCGGCAGAUGAAAUGUCCCUGGCAUCAGAUUUAGAUGAAGAGGAUUUGGAAGAGGUGGAACAGAGACAGAAAGAGAUGCAAAAGAAAACACCAAAAAAAGUGAAGUUCACACAGGAAGAAGACAAUGAGGAGGAGGAGGAGAGUGGGUUACUGGUGGAACUGGAGGGAAAGGAUGAGAAGAAGGAGCGAGAGACGAACCUUUGGUUCAGCAAGGACAUCUUUUCAGAAAUUGACCUGGAUGGGGAUGCAGAGGGCGAGCUCCGACAGACUGAAUGGCUCCAAACCAAAAAGUCAGAAAAAGGCAAAAAAAGAAAGUAUGAAGAAGAAGACGACAACAAAAAGGAAGAAGAGAACGAAGCUGCUCCUCMUCCUGAUGAAGAACAGGCAGGACCUUCACAGGAAGCUGUGGAGGAAAGUGACAGCGACUCAGAUGACAGUAGUGAUGAUGAAAUGGAGAUUACAAAGAUGAAACGAGCUAAAGGAGCAUCGAUCGAGGCUGAUGAUGAUGGCUUCAAGGUUGUUCCUGUUGAAAGUACCAGUAAGAAAGCAAGGAUCCUGGAUGCUGAAGGCCUGGCUCUAGGCUGUGAGAUCGCUACAUCYAAGAAAAAAGCAAGAGACCUGGUGGAUAGUUCCUUCCACAGGUUUGCCRGCUCUGAUGAGCCGUGGGAAGUACCCGAGUGGUUCCUGGAUGAUGAACGUAAACACAGAACGAAGCCCGUGCCAGUCACUAAAGAGAUGGUGGAGGAGUACAAACAGAAGUGGAAAGAGAUCAAUGCCCGGCCAAUCAAACGGGUCGCUGAAGCCAAAGCUAGGAAGAAGAGGAGGAUGCUGAAGAAGAUGGAGCAAGCCAAGAAGAAAGCAGAAGCUGUUGUCAAUACCGUGGACAUUUCUGAAAGAGAGAAAAUCGCUCAGCUGAAGAGUAUUUACAAGAAAGCCGGUGUGAAAAAGGAAAAGAGAGAAGUGACGUAUGUAAUAGCCAAGAAGGGAGCCGGCAAGAAGGUGAGACGGCCUAGUGGCGUCAAGGGAGUCUUCAAAGUGGUGGACAGUCGCAUGAAGAAAGACAUGCGGGGAAUGCAGAGGAAAGAACAACGCACCAAAGGAGGGAAAGGAAGAGGAAAACAGGCCAAGGGUGGUAAAGGAGGACAGAGGGGUGGYAAAGCCAAGAGAGGAAAAUAAGAAUGAACACAUAAAAGUUUUUGGCUGUUUCUUCUCGUAUCUUCUAUGUUGCACAUGCAGUGAUCUUUGUGAGCUCAGAUGUUCUUUUGCUAUGGACAAAAAAAUCAACAUAGUUCACAAAAAUCAAUGUGACCUAAGUUUAUCUCAUCCCUGGAAACUGAACUUCUGCUGAGUUUAAAAACGCUGAUUGUACUUGUACRUCUUUUUAAAGAUGCAGAUGAACUGUAUUUCAGUGCUAUUAAKAAUAAAUGUGUUAACAUUUUGUAAAUACAUACAUUUUGAAAUAAAUGUUUUCUUCUAAUUGGUUGAA